UCCAGAGAUUAUGAGGAGGGUGAAACUCAUGUCUGUUGAGUGGAAACAAAAAGCAGAAGCAAGAGGCAGGGACUUUAAAACAGUAGAGGAAAAGUGAAAGACUAAUGGGUGUUUCUUUUAUAUAAAUAGCCCAUAGAGGCAGCACAAGUGUGUUUUGUACUUUAUGUAUGUUGUGGGCUAGUGACCACUUUAGUGUUUAUUGUGGUUUGUUUAUUUGGUUUCCGUCAGGGCUGUGAAGUGAAACAUAUGCAGUAGAAGACAGGAAAUAGAUUUUUAGUUGACCAGUUUUAUGUCCUAUUUUAAUACAGUUGAAUGUGAGCUUGUAUUUAUGAAUGAAUGAUUAAAUAAUGAAUGUGGAAGAACAACAGAAGAACAGGGUCAUGUGAAGCUGCUGCAUGUUUCUGAUGUCUGCUGCAAACAUGUUCCUCUGUUCACAGCUGCUGUAUGUGGGCACAGAUCACAUGUUGGUCCAGUAUCGCCCGCAGGUGUCAAAUUAUACCAAAGAAAAUCAGGACGAUAUUCCUAGUGAUAUUUUCAAAGAUGUUGUAAAGAUUAAGAACAGUAAUUGAAUCUCCCCGAUAAAUGUGAAUUUUAUGUUCAGUUCCAGCUUCAGUUUUAAAGACUGGCUGAUGAAAUCUAAAGCAGUGAAGCCUAAACAAAUGAAAACUAGAACAACCUACAGGAUUAACACAGAGAUACGAUGUACAACACCGAGAGAUCAGAGAUAACACAUGCUAUUUAUGAUGAUGCGAUGACUUGGACUGAGGAGAGAGGAGAAAGAGUGGAGAUGAUGGUAGAUAUCUAUGACUGUGUGGAUCCUGCCAGUCAUCGUGAUCUCCCAUCUCACACAGAGAAACACCACACACUUCAGCACACAGGAAGUGUCUCAGUGGAGAACAGAAAGCACACAGCACCUGUAGUGUGUUUGUGUCUGCUGUGUUUUCUUCUGCUGACCGCUGUAAUAGUGCUGUGUGUGUGUUUCACCACCGAGAGAAAACAGUUACUAUCACACAUCAGUAACCUGACUGAAGAAAGAGAGCAGAUCCUUAUUAAAUAUGAGCAGAUACUGAACCACAACAAUAACCUGACUGAAGAAAGAGAGCAGAUCCUUACCAAAUAUGAGCAGAUACUGAACCACAACAAUAACCUGACAGAAGAAAGAGAGCAGAUAAAAAACAAGUUUGACGAACUCCAAUGUGGCCUUUAUGAACUAGAUCAGCUUGCUGAGAACUUGAAAUGGAUUUACUACAACUUCAGCUUUUAUUAUAUUUCAUCUGUUUGGAAGAGCUGGAGUGACAGCAGACGAGACUGUCAACAGAAAGGAGCAGAUCUGGUGAUAAUAAACAGCAGAGAGGAACAUGAGUUUUUACGGAAGGUUGUUGGGAGUGAUACAUUUUGGAUUGGUUUGGAAAAAUCAGGAGAGUGGAAAUGGACUGAUGGUGUAACAUUGGCAAAUGGCUACUGGAGUUAUGGGCAUCCAUAUUCAUACGGUGAAUGUGCUAAGAUGUCCUCAACAGGUUGGAAAAAUUAUUCAUGUUCUUAUAAGGGAAAAUGGAUCUGCGAGAGAACAAUAUGUACAUACAGUAAAAUAAACCCAUCAUGAUUUUGAAAUGCAAUACCUCUGCUUUAUAAUUCAAACUAUAUUGUUGAGUACAAAUCAUUUUGAAAUUCAAAAUUUUUACUUUGUGAUUCAUCUGCUUUUUAAAUAUGUAAAUAAAUGGAAAUACAAGUUAUAUUGUUCAUACAAGUUAUUUUUAGCGAUAUAUCUAUUAAUGUUAUACA